ACACGUUCAUCCAAAUCCAAUCCCAUUCCCGAGAGGUGUGUGAAUAUGCAUAACUAGAGAGGAGAGGAAGGACCAUUUCUUCAAUUUCCUUUUUAGUUGAUCAUCAUCAUCCCCUUCACUUCUUCCAUAUUCUAACCAGACCAACAUAUCACUACACUAAUAUUAUCAACAUCAACAUCAUAAUUCUGAUCUUUCUCAAUAUCAACAUCAACCCUAUCCAUACAUCUCACCAUUCUCACACACAAAUGGCACUAAACAACAGAUCUGGAUCUUGCAAUUGGACAGUGGCAAAGAUCGGAAUCGUGUUCUUGGGCCUGUCUUUGGUGGGCUACUUAUUGGGCCCACCUCUUUACUGGCAUCUUCUUGAAGGUUUCGCCGCCGUUCGCCGGUCUUCCUCCGCCGCAUCUUGUCCUCCCUGCAACUGUAAUUGUGAUCCUCGCCCUGAUAUUUCUUUUCCUCAUGGACUUGUCAACAGUUCCUUCACAGAUUGUGCAAAACGCGAUCCGGAAGUGAACGAAGACACAGAAAAAAACUUUGCAGAGCUUCUUUCAGAGGAGCUGAAACUACGUGAAACCGAAGCUACAGAAAGUCAGCAGCGUGCUGACAUGGCGCUACUAGAGGCCAAGAAGCUGACAUCACAGUAUCAAAAGGAGGCAGACAAAUGCAACUCAGGAAUGGAAACCUGUGAAGAAGCUCGUGAGAAGGCCGAAGCAGCUUUAGUGGCACAAAAAGAACAAUCUGCGAUGUGGGAAUUAAGGGCCCGCCAAAGAGGCUGGAAAGAAGCCGGUGUUAGGGCCCGUGCACGAUCUCAGGGAGGCGUUGAGGCGUUUUGAUGGUUUUGAGGUUAUUGAACUGCCUGAAACUAGGUAGCGGGAAUGUCAAAACCGAGCUUUUUAAUACUUGUUCUUGUUUUUUUUGGUGUCAUGUCCUAAAUGGAAAGUUGAUAGGUGUAGUACAGUAGCUAGUGGUGAGAAAAAUGAUUUUUCGGUUUUUGUUCAUUUUUUUGCAAGUGAUUAAAACCAUCUAUGUAUGUACUACAAAAAAAAAAAUGAAAUAUAGCAACCAUUAAUUCAAAAAAUGGUUGAUGUUGAACCUGGUAA